GGACUUUGCCUGUCCUUGUUUUCAAAACAAAACGUUAGUGUAUUGUAUUUUGAUUCAGUGUCAUGAAGUUAUCUAAAUGCGUAGCAAUUUCGAAAUGAAUUAAUAAAUUAGCAACAACCUUUAAUUAUGCAUAUUAGAUAGCAUAGAUUUCAUCAAUUCUGCUGUCAUCAUUUAUGAAGUCGCCAGAAGCAAUGGCUGGUAUGGGCAGAGGCGUAAUUACGUUAAGAUUUAACCAAGAUCAAGGAUGCUUUACGUGUUGCAUGGAAACUGGACUGAGAAUCUACAACGUGGAGCCACUUGUAGAGAAAGCACACUUCGAUUACGAUCUCAUGGGCAGUCUGAAGCACUGCGAAAUGCUUCAUCGAACAAAUAUCUUCGCUGUGAUUGGAGGAGGCGCCAAACCUAAGUUUGCCGACAAUACAGUUCUCAUUUAUGAUGACAUCGAGAAACGGUUUAUACUAGAACUGAUUUUCACUUCACCUGUCAAAGCUGUGCGACUUAGGAGGGAUAGGAUAAUAGUGGCUACGAUGAACCAAGUGAAUGUGUUCUCGUUUCCGGCGCCGGCGCAGUUGUUGCUGACUCUGCAGACUCGCUUGAACCCGCUGGGUCUGUGUGAGGUGACACCCAUCAUGACAGCUGAGCGUCACCUGCUCGCCUUCCCCGGUCAUAAGCUCGGUAGUGUGCAGUUGGUGGACCUUCUGAACACGGAAGCAGGCACAUCGACAGCACCGGUGACAGUGAACGCACACAACGGUGAGUUGGCUUGCAUAGCGCUGAAUCAGCAAGGCACGAUGGUGGCGACCGCCUCCUGCAAGGGGACACUCAUCCGCGUCUGGGACACCGUCCGGCGCAACCGCCUAGUCGAGCUCAGGAGGGGAUCUGAUCCAGCCACACUCUAUUGUAUAAACUUCAGCCAGGACUCGGACUACAUGUGUUGUUCGAGCGACAAGGGCACAGUGCACAUAUUCGCGCUGAAGGAGACCCGACUCAACAAGCGGUCGUCGUUCAGCAAGAUGGGAUUCCUGGGCAACUAUGUGGAGUCGCAGUGGGCCCUCGCCAACUUCACUGUGCCGCCCGAGUGUGCCUGUGUCUGCGGCUUUGGCUCGUCCAAGUCGGUCAUUGCAAUCUGUUUAGACGGUACAUUUCACAAGUACGUGUUCACGGCAGACGGCAACUGCAAUCGAGAAUCGUUCGAUGUUUUCCUAAACGUUUGUGACGACGAGGAUUAUUGAAAAACGACGAUAUGUGUUCACAUUUUGUAAGCUAGCUUAGAAUGAAAUCGUUUAAUAUACCGUUUAUAUCGUUGAGCCAAACUCAUAUCUAAAUUCUAUUAUUCUUAGCUUUUUCUAGCGAAUUGGAGGUUGUUUGAAAAUAGUAUUAUUUCGAGAACAGAUUUUUGGCAAAAGUUUGUACUAAAUUCACUUUUAUGUUGUGAGAUUUCAAUUUUUCUGAAGGAUUCCU